CUGGUGGGCAUCAAAUCGCGGGAGGUAUAUGAAACUCCGUCUGCGGUUUCCCUGCACGCCGCUCACAAAGCGCUGGAGACUCUUACCUUGAGCAAGGACCAGGCCCGCACCAAGGCCCGUAUUGCCCAGGAGUACGCGGACAUGGUCUAUAACGGCCUGUGGUUUACCCACCACCGGCUGGAUAUGGAUGCCUACGUAUCCAGCACCCAGAGAUACGUUACCGGCGAAGUCAGGGUGAGGCUCCACAAGGGGACCUGCACCGUGGUGGGCCGCAGCGCGCCCCAGGCUCUGUACAACUACAGCCUGGCCACCUAUGACCGCGACGACCAGUUCGACCAUUCCGCCGCCGCCGGGUUUAUCGACAUUUUUGGCCUGCCGGUAAGAACCCAGAACCAGGCGCAGGGGUAA